AGCUUUUGGGGGCCGCAGCCAUAAGUCAACUCAAAUCAUGAUCUAGGCAGCUGAGUCUGGGGAAGUAUUAAGAGUAUUCUAUCACAAUAUGGAGAACUGGCACUGUUUGCUGUUGCUCUGCACACUGAGUUUAGUGCUUUACUCUGGAGGAGUUACAAAAAAUGAUGAUGACAUCGACCUUGUCAGCUUUCUGAGAAAUAUCUACCCCGGGCUGCUUGUAAGAGAUGAGUCGUUCAUCAACCAAGACUUUAAGCCAAACUUCCUCAAGGAGCUGGGACCUCAAGGAGAUGACCCUGCAAUCACACAGCAAACCAAGGACAAACCUGUCACUCAGGAUACAGAUGGGGCUGCCGGACCAGUGGUGUUAACCAAAGAUGGCCAGAUUCAGGGGAUUACUUUGGAUAAGGCCCAUGUAUUCUAUGGGAUACCGUACGCAGAUCCCCCUGUUGGGGCUUACCGCUGGAAGCCUCCCAGACCUGUGAGUCCUUGGCAGGGGGUUUAUGAUGCCUCCUUCCCCAGAGCCGCAUGCAUGCAGUUCUGCAGUAGAGCUAUGACUGAGGAUUGUCCUAAGAGUGUCAGUGAGGACUGUCUUUACCUCAACAUCUUCAUACCGCUGGAUGUGGACUUUAGCUCUCCUCUGCGUAGUCACUUGCCUGUCAUGGUGUGGAUCCAUGGUGGGGAUUUCAUUGCUGGAUCUGCCUCCAAGCCUCUGUACGAUGGACGUUUCAUCAGUAACUUCACCCACAGUGUUGUUGUAAACCUGGAGUACCGACUGGGCGCAUUUGGGUUCCUUGUUUCGGGAAAAGAUCCUCAGACCUCAGCUGCAGGGAAUUAUGGGAUCUUGGACCAGCAGGCGGCUCUUCUUUGGGUCCAGCAGAACAUUGCUAUGUUUGGAGGUGAUCCCAGCAAGGUCACAGUAUUUGGGGAGAGCGCAGGUGCUCAGUCGGUAAGUCUUCACCUGAUGAUCCAGAGCAGCAACCCCCUGUUUAAACAGGCCAUUCUACAGAGCCUGCCCUUCUCCAUCCCACUGAAGACCAGACAUGAUGCUCUGAAGCUGGGAAAAGACUUUGCUAAACAGACGAACUGCUCUGCAAGCGACUUUGUCUGCCUGCUGUCUCUCACUCCGCAGGCCGUCCUGGCCGCCCAGAUGAAAACAAGUUCCAAAAUUUUGAACCCGUUCAGGUUUCUGGAGGUUUUUGAGACAUGGGGUCCGUAUAUCGAUGGGGAGUUAAUCAAAGAGCAGGCUGUCACUGCCUUUCAAAAGGGCCACUGGCAGAAAGAAAAGCCAAUACUGCUGGGUACAACCUCUGAAGAGGGGGUUCUGUUUGUGUACGGGGUCUUCAACAAGCCAGUCUCUGCAGUGGAGUGCACUGUGUACAUCACAGCCAUCUUUAAACAGCACACCCUGCGGAUCCUGCACAAGUACAUGCCCCUGUACAGGGAUGCUGAUCACAGGAACAUGCUGGCUCAGAUUGUUACCGACUUCGUCUUCUUGUGUCCAUCAAGGAGGUCGGCACGUGCUGGCACAGCAGAAGACAGCAAGGUGUGGAUGUAUGUUUUCGACCAUGUGAUCUCAGACCACCGCAUCUGGUCAGGUCUCACUUUCUGCUAUCAGCAUUCGUGCCAUGGCGCAGAGCUGCCCUUUCUCUUUCACUCAGCCUCAGUGGCCAACUUCACCCUGUCACCAUCAGAGAAGCUGCUGUCCAAUCGGAUGCUGUGCUACUGGGGAGCCUUCGCUCACACUGGUGAUCCUUCCUCCAGGGCCCAACAGACGACUUUCUGCCAGGAACAGCGUCUGCCCGUUUGGCCUCUCUAUUCUGACACCAGCAGCUGGCUAGUCAUGAACUUCACUGUGCGUUCCCAUGCACAAGUGGGAACCAGAAACCAUAUAUGCGACUUCUGGGACCAACUGGGCAUCUACUAGAGAUGGAACAGGCAUGCUAAUACAUGCUGUUUUUUAACAUGUGAAGCUGUGGUGUUGAUCACAAAAAUGAUAAAUAUGAAUGUUUAAGAUUCACAUAUAAACAACCUUUAGCUUUUAGGAAAAAGUAUUUAUGUACUCUACAAAGCAAAGCCAGCUCUCCACAUCAUCUUCACUAUUUAACAGGCAGUAGAAAAUUAGAAAGUAUUUGGUAUGAUUGAAGAAAAAACUUUCUACUUCUGUGUUUUUAUAAGUACCUUUACACUGAUGUGCUGUCAAAGCCAACUAAGAUUCAUUCUGAGACACCACCUGGAUUGGAUAAACAGGUGCUAUACGGUAGUUUAAAAGGAGGUGGAAUUCUAUCAUCUACUAUAGGUGACAUGAAUAAAAUGUAUUACGCAAGUGACAACUUUCUGAGCUAUCAUGCUAGAAAAGAUUCUGUUUCCUGUUUCCUACAGCCUCAGAUAUCAAUAAAUGUGGUAUAAAGUAGAUGCCAUCUCAGACUGAAAUUCAUUUUGUAAAUGUGGGAGCCAGGCUCUGCUGUCCCAGAGCUACAUGAAAUGUUGCAUUUUUAAUUUGUAUGAGUUUGUGUUUGAGUACUGAACUCUUCAUUGUAUUUUACAUUUUACUAGAAAUCCAUAUCAAGACUGAUUUUUAGGGUACAGUAAAUAAACUUUCCCUACUAUACUGGACAACUUCAGCUUCCUGUUGGUACACACUAACCAGCUGCCACUGACAGUAAAGUCACUUACCUUGGAUCCUGGUAUUCAUGUCGAUGUCUUUCUGACAUACCCCACCCAUCACACAAACGUGGAGUCAGCUGGUCAGUAACAGAUUUCACAGGAUUCUGGGAGUCUUGGGGUCACAGCUGUUUUGAUGAAACAUCAGUGACCUUACAAUAUUAGGCAGGUGGUUUUAAUGUUUUGGCUGACUGAUUGUUUCACUGAGGUUUUCAGUCGAUCUGGUCGAUGCUUUUUUCAAAUAAAAUAAAUCUGCAAAACCAGGCUGUGCAAUAUUUUGUGAACAUGAACAGCUUGAACCAGUUUCAAUAUUCUGUCCUACUGUAUUAGUUUGCUUUUUAGUGAUUCUGUUUUGAUUUAAAAAGCUCUAAUAAACCAACUUAACCUGCACAAAAAUGAUAUUAAGACAACUUAGCUGUUGAGCACGCAUUGCUACACAGUGACCAGUGUAGCAAUGAGCUAAAGGACCACAUAAUGUGUUUCCUUUGGAGUUGGUGGAAACCAAACUAAGGCUAAAAAUGAGAGUGAACUUUGAAAGUAUUCACUGGGUGGCAAACUGCAUAUAAUAUUUUAUAUCACAUAACUGUAAGCUAGCAUGCAGAGGUCUUCAUAAGUGUAAAAUGUUCAAUCCUUUUCUAUACAGGUCUGUGGAAAACUAGGCCUUAUCUGACAUGCAUAAAUAAAUUUUCACUCAAUCAUCCAAACAGAGUAUCGCCAGACUGAACCCAAAUAGUUCUGAGUAUUAAAACAAUCCAUCCAAAAAGCAAAUGACUGAAAGAAAGCCACAAAGCUACAGAAUACAAAACGGGCCCCAGUCAUUCUUGAAUAAACUGGACCUGGUCAGAAUCCAGCCUCCUCUCUGUGUCUAUGUUUAGGUGAGCUGACCUGCAGAGACUCGUACUUCUUAAACUGCAUU